UGACAGCCAUCAGGUGAAACUCGUUGCCUUGAUUGAACCUCACCAGUCAGAGAAAAUAAAACCCCUGCUGAGACAACUGUUCAGUAUUCAGUCAGGAUGGCUUUCUUUUGGCCUUGUGUGCUCCUUUUCUGGUUGGUGGCAGUUGGGUUUGCUGCUGCAGAUAUGAAACUGGACUGUGGGCCAGGCUACAUGACUCUGGUUUGGACAGACAGCAGAUCCCAGGCUGACCCGUCGCUGUUCCGUCUUGGUAGCUGCUUCCCCACCAGCUUUACGCCAAGAGAUGUGGUUUUCAAUGUGGAACUUGAUGACUGCAACUUCAGGAGACUGGUUUCUGGGAAUGAGUUGAACUACACAAAUGAUCUGCUCUACACUUCGUCUCCUGACUCUUAUGUGCUUCCCUUCACUCUGCCAGUGGUCUGUUCAUAUCAAAGGCCCAAAAACUGGUACCCAAUGAGAUCUGAUCCGGUGUUCUCUACAUAUGGGGUAGAGGAAUUGGUAUUCCACAUUAACCUAAUGAAUGAUGACUUCUCAGGGCCUGCUGAGUCUACCACCUUUCCGCUGGGUUCCAUGAUUCCUAUCAUGGCUAGUGUGGAGCAAGUGACCCAUCAACCCCUGCUGGUGCUGCUUGAAGAAUGUGUUGCUACCACCACGCCAGACCUCCAGAUUGCUGCUGACAUGUAUACCAUAAUCACCAAUAAGGGGUGUCUUGUUGACAGUGAAAGUUCCCGCUCAAAAUUUGAAGAGAGGCAGAAUGUAUCAGAGCUCCGGCUAUUGCUGCAGGCCUUUAGAUUUGGGCUUUCACAAGAGGUAUAUAUUCACUGCACCAUGGCUGCUUGGGAUCCUAAUAGUCUUGACAACACUAAGAAGGCCUGCCAUUAUGUGAAAGAUCAUGGUUGGGAAUUGCUGGACAAUCCUGUGUAUAGCAGUUUAUGUGACUGCUGUGACUCUACCUGCAAGGCCAGAAAAGCAAGAAGUCCAGGAGCAGGGAAUGGUUUGGUUCAGAAGGCAGUUAUUGGGCCACUUACCAUUAUUGAUUUGGCUUCUUAAGAUGUUGGGAUGGAACUGGAUCAUCUGGAGAGUCCUUAUCAAUAAAAUGAUUAACCUGGAA